AAUUAGUUUCUAAAAUCCAAAAGUAGCAGUUCUGAUCUAUCCACCAAUGAGACGCUAGAGUCUGAGCUCAGUUAGUUUUUACUCUUAAACUAUACAUGAAGAAUCUCUGAUGACUUAAAUGAACAUUACAACACCAUUUGAUCUUGUUUAACAAAAUGGAAAAAAAGGUGUUGCUGAAACCUGUUUUUUCAGCGAGCGCAUUCUGGCUGCCUCGUUAGGUGUUCUAUUUUCUGUGAAUUGUGAGAGUCAAAAAUAGCUACGGAAAUGUCAGAAAGAGACAGUGACAGAAAGCCAGAGGCAUGCCAACCACAUGCAAAGCAUUUCUCGCUCUCUGCCGCAUUUGGUCUUAUCUCUCGUUUCUUUCAUUUGCUGCGCCUUUCCUCUCUGCAGGUUUUCCUGAGCAGAGCGAUUGUGUGGCGGAGUUUGAGCUGAGAGUGGAAGUGAGUGGGCGCGAGAGGGAUCGUGUGUCAUGGCUGACAGCGAAGGGACCAAUCUCGAGGACCCUCCCUACAAAAACCUGCUGCUCCUGGGGGCCAUCGCAGCAGCGUCGGCCUUCGUGGUCACCAUCCUCAUCGUCCUCGUCUGUGUGGGCUGCCAGAGAAAAAGUAAGAGCAAGCACCCUUCAGCCGGAGAGAAAGGCACAUCAGUAAAUAUGCAGGGUACCCUUCGACAUCCAAAACUGAAUUCCAUGAGCAAAUCGGACACCAGGCUGCAUGAGAUCAAUCGCUUUCCCUGCAACGGGAACUCUGUUAGUAAGAGCCGUCCCGCCAGCAUGGACCUGCUGCUCCUCCACAGUCGGCGCUCCCAGAAUGACCUGAGGCCAUCUCAGGGGCGCCAGCUUCCGCAGAUCCCCACCAGCCCCCAGGGAUCCAGCCAAGGAGGAGAAGGGGACGUCGGAGGAGACGGGGGAGGCGGGGAGGCGAGAGACCACACUUACACAGAGGUGGCCCUGCGGAAUAAUCCGACGCCGACGCACGUCUUGGACGACGGCCUGUACGAGACUGUCAGUGUCCGGGAAGGGGAAGCGGGCCCCAAAGCACCCACGGCGCCACCGCCAACAUCAACUAACAUUCCGACUUCAGUCAGGGCCUGCCAAAGCCCGCCUGCCCAGGCCGACGGAGCCCGUAAUGGCAAUGGAACCGGCGGCAAAGGGAAUGGCAUCAUUAACGGAACAAUGGCAGGGAAAAGUAAUGGGGCGAACGGGGUUAACAGGUCCCCCUUGUCCUCAGUCAACUCCCUGGCUAUCCAAGAACCAACUGCUGCCGACUACGCUUCAAUUCGCAAGUUCAGAAAGGUUGACAAGACAAACAGGAAGGAAAAUAACGGCGCCGACAGCCAGUCAGACCAAUCGAGCGUGAGCGACUCGCCCUCGGCUGCUGCUCCGCAACUACAGCGCAGUCAGGAGUUUCCACGUAAAACCCUGGAGCCGUUUCACCUGCAUUCAUUCCCAAAGGAGCCGGUGUUUAUGGGCAAUGGUGAGCAAUACAUCUGGAAGCCACCAGAGGAUGACGACAUCAUCACUUUGCACCCGCCUCCGCCGCCGCACCGCAUUGAGAACGGACAGGGACACCCGUCUCCCCCGACAGCCAAGGAGAUUGCAGACACCUACUCCAUUGUGUGCAAACCCCAGAAGAAAAAGACUUCCAUGGAAAGCAACGGAGCAAAGACCCUUCCACGCUCCUUCGGCGGCGAUAAAGGAAAGGGCCGGGGUCGAGGGGCCCAGGGCCAGGCGCGUUCCCAGGAGGAGCCAUGUUACGAGCCGACAGGUGACAGGGCCUGGCCCGCCUGUGUGGCAGCAGAGUCUGACACCGCGUACGCUACCAUUGACAGCCACCGUAAACGUGAGCAGGCCAGCACCAGUAAUAGCGCGGCUGGCGGCACUGCCACCCUUAAGAGGAAGAAGCAACAGGCGCCAUCGGUUGCGCCUCAAGGCUCCGCGUCCAACCCCCUACCUGUUCGGGGCCUGCCCGGAGGAGAUAACUUCUAUGAGAGCAUCAGCGAUGUGAAAGGAGGCAACAGCUCCAGCACCACCACCAUCUUCACAUUUAAUGAUGGAAUGGAGAUGUAUGUCACCGGCCUGUAGCGGGCAGACAUGCAGAUACGGCCCAGAAAGAUCGUAACAGAGACAGUCCUGUUCACUUGCCAUAAGGUUGCUGUACAUACUUUGAGAUAGUAUGACUACGCCAGGCAAACAAAAUGACGAUCAAAUUUGUGUUGACAUCAGGUACAAACAGGGUUUAAAUCCAGGUUCAGACUUUUCCUUCAUUGCUCUAUAAUUUUGACCCUAAAAGGACCAAAAUAUUUUAUCAAAAAAAGAAGAAAAGGACAGGACAACUGGAAUAUUAAUCUUCAAACAUACUGUAUCAGUGACUUCAUGGGCAUCAUUUUCCAUAAUAUCUUUAUUUUUGUACGAACGGUGUUUAUUUGACUUGUGGCGUGACUCACAAUUCGAGCACAUUUGAAUAUAAAUAUAUGUACAGAAAACAUAAAUGCAUGAUUUGUGCAAACCACAGAGAGCAGUGGCAAUAAUGCUGGCUAUAUUAGGUGAAGGAGGCCGCACUUACAAAUGCACUCACACACACACACACACACACACACACACUUUUGUGGCCACUUAUGUAAUAUAAGCAGAUGGAUGUCCCCAAGAUUUUUGGAGCUCAGCUCAAUCUAAGCAAACAUCUGAAACAGGUUCCCUGUGCAUACUGACCUGUUGCCAGGCAGGGAAAGUUGUGGUGUUUUGUACAAGCAAUGGCAAACUCAAAUGAAAGCCAAGGCUAGUGAAGGCAUUCAUUUCACAAACCACCAUCAUCGUUCCCUAAAGCUUAAACCUAUUGGCAGUUAUCCAAAGCAGUUCUCUCGGUAACGCCUCUGUGUUUGAUCCACAAUGUAAUCCUCAAGGUGAUCAUGACAUCAGUAAACAAUUCACACUCAAAUUUGACAAACAUCUAUAUGUAGUCAAAGGCUUGAUGACAAACCUUCCCUUCUCUCUCUCUCUCUCUCUCUCUCUCUCUCUCUCUCUCUCUCUCUCUCUCUCUCUCUCUCUCUCUCUCUCUCUCUAACAAACACACACACACACACACACACACACACACACAUUCAUGCAUGCUUGGCAUCGUUUUACAGGGUGAAGCGAUCAGGGCCAGUGUUGCCAGAAUGUUGAGCAAGAGUUAUACGGGUGACAGAUUUCACAAUACAAGACCGUUAACGUAUGAGUAGAAAAGCAUUUCUUCUCAAAGGCUUUAAAGAAGUGACUUUUCUUUCCUUUCAAAUUUACUAUUGCACUCAACAGCUGCGGAAAACGCCAUCCACAUCCCGUACGCUGUCAAUGUUCCCGGCUCCGAGUCAAAAGCUGUGCUCUCGAUGGUUUUCGAGGUGGUUGGAAUAGCAAGCGAAAUGUUGAACUCAAAAGAAAACAACCGUGGAGUCUCCUCGCCCUCUCCUCAGCCUGCUCUCCGGCCCCCGCAUCCUUCAUUGUAAACAACAUCUUUUUCAUGUAGCUUUGGGGAACGUUAACAAAAGAUCGAAGGACAAAACAAACCCUUAAUAAAUGGGCCUGAGGUUACGAGGGAUCUAACGGAAUGAUCUCACUGUGAGAGAACCAUGCAAAUAUUUCAAAGGUCAGUAGCAUAUGUAUUACUAUGUGAAAACGUGCAUAGAAGCAAAUGCACUGAUGUAUUUUAUUGCACUGUUCAUUUUUUUUCCUCUCCUUUUUGGACAAUGAAUAGCUCACGCCACUGCCAUGAAUCAAGUCUGGUCUGUGUUGGUGCAAUUUAUUCUGCCUGAUCCAAAAGUGCAUGCAUUAAUAUAUGGAGCUGAAACAAUUCUUGUGGUACUUUAUUAAUCUCAUGUUUGGUAGUCUUUUGUUGUACUUUUUGCCAUGUAAUGCACAGCAGAGUUUUUUCCCCGACUCUAAAGCAGCGACCAGGAGGAGGGGAGGAACUAGAAAAGAUUGAUUGAAGCCACAAGGAUUUUAGGCCUCACUGUUUAUAUUCUGCAAUGGGGGAGAAAGAAGGAGUGAUAGAAGUGGGGGAGGGAGAAGGAGCGCAAGCAUGAAGCUGGAUGUGGAUCACCACGAAUGGACACAGACCCAACAGUCUCCUCCUCCUCCUCCUCACACACACACGUAGUACACGUAGUGAGCGCACACUGCAACACUGAGCCAUGUGCGUUUCUAGUUAAGGGGAGGAAGCACUUUUUGCCCCAUGCCUACACUCCCUACCCCAGCUGUGUUCACUCCCGAUCAUGGACACAGAACUCGCUUUGCCCUGCUUCUUUACUUCUCUGUCUCGCUGUGCUGAGGGCGGUUGAUGUCCACUUCUGAGAGCGUGAAUGUCAUACUUGGUCCGUUCUGAUGACAUUGCAACGUUGGCCCAACAACUGUCCAAUAUGAAAAA